GUUUACCCAUAACCUCAAGAAAAAAAAUGGCUAUGGAUUGCGGCAUCUAUGGCGUCGUCAAGCUCCGCACGUUGUUCAUAAGUUUCCUUCUGUUUCUCGCAUUUUCUUCAUCUUCUUUGUCUUCGACGGUUCAGAUUAACUCAAACUCAAUCUUGGUGGCUUUACUUGAUUCACAUUACACAGAACUAGCUGAACUUGUUGAAAAAGCGAUGCUGUUACAAACUUUAGAAGACACUGUUGGAAAAAACAACAUCACCAUUUUCGCACCAAAAAACGAAGCUCUUGAACGAGAUCUCGACCCGAACUUCAAAACGUUUCUACUCGAACCGCGUAACCUUAAGUCUCUUCAGACUCUACUCAUGUCACACAUCAUUCCAAUCCGAAUCACUGGAUCCAAUUCGGUAACCGGGUCGACCCGACACAAAACGUUGUCGCUUCAGCAUAAUCUCAUUCUAAACGGAACCGGUCAACAAUGGACAGUUGACGGCGCUAAGAUUCUUCACACCGACGCCGUUACACGACCUGACGGCGUUAUCCACGGGAUCGAACGCCUUCUCAUUCCACGCUCCGUUCAAGAUGACUUUAAUCGUCGCCGGAGUCUCAUCUCCAUUGCUGCUAUUAAACCUGAGGGAGCGCCGGAGGUUGAUCCCAGAACUCACCGGUUAAAAAAACCGGCGCCGCCGCAGGAGGCAGGCUCACCGCCGGUUCUACCAAUUUAUGACGCACUUGCUCCGGGACCUUCACUAGCACCAGCGCCUGCACCAGGACCUGGUGGACCCCACCACCACUUCAACGGCGAGGCUCAGGUGAAGGAUUUCAUCCAAACACUAAUCCACUACGGAGGUUACAACGAGAUGGCGGAUAUUCUGGUUAACCUAACAUCAUUAGCAACGGAAAUGAGUCGGUUAGUUUCAGAGGGUUACGUUUUAACCGUUCUAGCACCAAAUGAUGAAGCUAUGGCUAAAUUAACCACAGACCAGUUAAGUGAACCGGGUUCACCAGAACAAAUCAUGUACUAUCAUUUAAUCCCUGAGUAUCAAACCGAAGAGAGUAUGUAUAAUGCUGUUAGAAGAUUCGGGAAGGUUCGUUAUGAUACUCUUCGAUUGCCUCAUAAGGUUGAAGCUCAAGAAGCUGAUGGCUCGGUUAAAUUCGGCCACGCUGACGGCUCGGCUUAUUUGUUUGACCCUGAUAUUUAUACUGAUGGAAGGAUUUCUGUGCAAGGGAUUGAUGGGGUUUUGUUUCCACAUCAAGAAGGUGAGGUUCUUCCUGAUAACACUUUGACCCGUACCCGGAUGGGUCAACCCGCUAAGGUUCUUGCUAAGCAAAGAAGAGGAAAAUUGCUGGAAACAGCAUGCUGGAUGCUUGGAACCUUUGGACAGCAUUCUAGAUUCACCUCUUGUCAAUAAAAUGCCUCAUCUGGAUGCUAGCAAUAACACUCAAAAACAAAAAAUGCACAGGAAAUUCCAAAGAUGUAAAAAGUCAACGGAAUAUGAAGGCCAAAUUUACUUGAAUGGUUAAUAGCAGCUGUUAUAUUAUAUGGGUUUGGUUUUGCCAUCUUUUUUUUUUUUUUUUUUAUCUUCUUUUUUCUCCCUCUUGAUUUUCUCCUUGUGGAUUUGGGUCCUUGAUGAGAACACAAGUUCCUAUAUAGUGCAUAUAUUAAUAUAUAUGUAAUUAGGUUUCAAUUAGUAUGCUGCUAUUAUUAUUAUUCAAUAGAAGGUUGUGUUGGUGGGUGAAAAGGUUUUGUGUAAUAAUAAGAAGGGCUAGAAUACAUGCCCAAUUCAGUAAGUAAUAAUUUACUCAUGAAAUGGAAGAUGGAAAUAUGGUAAUAAAAUGAUUCUUUAUUGUAAUAUAUAUAUGACCUUUUAUGGCAUCCACUUCAUGUA